AUGCCCCCUCCAGCCGGGGCGAAGAGAAAGAGAGGGGAUAGAACAUACUCAGAUGACCAGCAGUAUUCGCGUCCCUCGCCGCAUCGGCCUGGCAGCCUGAAUCUAGCCCACCAGGGCUCCUACCAGGGAUCGGGUAAUGAGCGCGAGUAUACACCGACACGAGGCAGGGGUGGAAGGCGAUUCAGCAGGGGUGGCAGAGGCGGAAAUACCUCGUCUAGCCCAGUGAACAACCCUGGCGAUAUACCUGCUACACCGAUGAAGACACCUUCUGCAGACCUGGAAUCGAACAGCACCAACGGCGCCAUGGCGGUCAGCCAACAGUUCGACGUUACCGAUAUCCCCCUUACGAGUCCUCCCCCGGAGUCUCAUCCCUACUACUACACGUAUCUCACCAAGGAGAUUUGUGAUUCAUGGCAGACGGGAGGAAAGGAGAAUGUGUUACAACAGGGUUUAGGCGCACAGCAAGAGGACGAGGGAACCACUCUUGCGGCCAUUAUGCAGGAGCUCGUACACUCAGUUGUUUAUGGAAGACUCACUCCGUCGGAUGCUGGUUCCUUGGUCAAAGAGAUCCUCGACAAUGAGAACGCGACAGGCGAUAUUGCGGCGGCCUCUCCUACAACACCAUCGCAGGCUACACUGCUGGAUUCGAUAUCUGUGAUCUUUGAAGGAGACAGCACCAUGCCGGUUGAUCGCUUGUCAGCUUUCCUGAUCUCAACCGGACUAUCCCCUGGCUUGUUACGCCUCGAACUAGAUGCGCCGUUGCUCGAGAAGCUGGAUCUGAUCAGGAACACCUUCAACCGGAUGGGUAUACGGAAACAAACUAAUCUGUUGUAUCGACAAGCCAAUUUCAAUCUGAUGAGGGAAGAAUCCGAAGGAUUUGCGAAACUGAUGACGGAACUGUUCACAACGAGCGGCAACGAGCCUCCUACUGCCGAGGUAGUCGAGGACACGGUCGAAAAAGUCAAGGCUAUGAUCGGCGCCUUUGAUCUUGAUGUUGGUCGGAGUCUGGACGUUGUUCUCGACGUUUUUGGAGCAGUCCUUGUCAAACAAUUCCGCUUCUUCGUCAAAUUCCUCCGUGCCAGUCCCUGGUGGCCACGGUCGUCAGGCCUGGGAAAGGUGAGGCCAGUGCUUACAGGACUGCCUCUCUGGGCAUACCCAGGCUGUGCUGAAUGGCACCUCACUGAAGAGCAGAAGCAGCUUGUUGCAGCAGAUGCCGAUGCUCGUGAUCAGGACUUUUGGCCUCAGGCGCGCGAACAAGGCCUUCAAGCGUUCUAUCUUCUUGGCAGAUCGCAAGUCACCCAGGACCAAAUUGAUCUUGCAGCAUCAUCAGGUGAUGAACUAUUGGUGCAGUGGGUCCAACAGACGGGCACUCUUCCUCCGGGAGGAAACCGGGAUGCUGCGCAACUUCUGGGAUUCAAGCUGAGAUUCUACUCAUCGUCUCCCGCACGAGAUGAAACUGACGUGCUUCCGGAUCAUCUCAUAUACCUUGCUGCCCUUCUGAUCAAGAUUGGCUUUAUCUCACUAAAGGACCUUUAUGCCCACAUAUGGAGGACAGAUGACGAGAUGGAAGAUCUGAAGCAACAAAAGCUCAAAGAGAAGGCGGAAAGAGAGCGAGCCGCGAGACCAGGAGCAGGAAUGAAGAACGCACUGUUGAUGGCGGGUGCUCUGGCCGACGAUACUCUACCCGGCAACUCUCGCCUCAAGGAUUCGACGACACGUGCUAGCACCCCCUCCAAAGAGCACGAGGCCCAAAAGCCAGCCGUCAAAGAUGCGACCGGCCCCGCAGAUCAGAAGGUACUCUUGUUGAAGAGCUUACUCGCAAUUGGGGCCCUGCCGGAUGCGCUUUUCAUCUUAGGCAAAUUUCCAUGGCUGAUCGAACUGUUCCCUGAGCUACCGGAGUACAUCCACCGCAUCCUGCACCAUUGCCUGAGUAAGGUAUACGGCGAAGUACGACCUCUCCAAGAUCGCCCUAGCCUUCAUGUCCCGAAACCGACGUAUGAGACCGACUUGCCAGGCCUACAGAAGGGUCAGGUCAGGCUCGUUGAGACUCCUGAGCGGAAAGUAUUGCGUUGGGCACUGCUCGACAAGACUGACAGUGCUGAUGGCACCGAUUACCGAUUCUAUUGGGACGAAUGGAGCGACAACAUUCCGGUCUGUCAGACUGUUGAAGACGUUUUCACACUCUGUGAGACCCUGUUACCACUCGUUGGGGUCAAAAUAGGGCAGGAUCCAGCUCUUCUCCUCAAGAUCACCCGCAUCGGCAAGCACGAUCUACAGACCAACAAGACCGAGCAAUCUCGCUCUCGCUGGUUGGAUCUCAGCCAACGGAUCCUCCUUCCGGCUCUCAGCUUGACAAAGUCAAAUGCUGGUGUUGUGAAUGAGGUUUUUGAACUCAUCAGCAACUUCCCGGUCAGCACCCGUUAUCUGAUGUACUUGGAGUGGUUGACGGGUAGGACAUCCCGCAACCCAGACGUCAAAGCUGCAUUCGAUCAGGCCAAGGCUGAAACUAAGGACAUCCUCAAACGCAUCUCAAACACGAACGUACGGCCUAUGGCACGGUUGUUGGCCAAGAUUGCGUUUGCAAAUCCCCACGUCGUCAUUACAACUGCUCUGACACAGAUCGAAGUCUACGACAGCAUUGCAGAGGUAUUUGUGGAAGGUGCCCGUUACUUCACUGACCUCGGCUAUGAUGUCCUUACAUGGGCAAUUGUGAGCUCGAUGGCUAAGGCAGGGAGAAGCCGGAUACAAGAAGGAGGCAUCUUUACAAGCCGCUGGCUUUCGGCUCUUGCUCAAUUUGCCGGAAAGAUCUACAAACGAUACGGCAUGAUGAAGCCUGGCCCAAUCUUGCAAUAUGUCUUCGAGCAACUCGAACAGGGAAAUAAGACAGAUUUGAAAAUGCUGGAGCAAAUCACAGUCUCCAUGGCAGGGAUUGCGACCGAUACAAACUACAACGACGCCCAGCUACAAGCCAUGGGAGGCGGGCCACUACUCCAAUCGCAAACGAUUCUGCAGCUACUGGAUCGGCGGCAUGAUUCCAAAAAGACCUCGGAACGAUUAGUGAGAUCCUUACAGGAGACAGGCCUGGCCGCAAAGUUUCUGAUCUCAAUGGCUCAACAGCGGCAAGCUUGUGUAUUUGAGGAAGCCGACGUACCUUUAAAGGCCGUUGGCAACACCUAUGACGAGGUUCAUCGAGUCAUGGUGCAGUACCUCGAACUUUUACGAUGGAAUCUCCCAUUUGAGGACUUCAAAGCCAUUAUCCCAGACGCGGUGAGCUUGCUCAUUGACUACGAGAUCCAUCCCGAGGUGGCCUUCUGGAUCAGCCGCCCAAUCAUUACCAGACAAAUGGCCGAGUACGACCGAGACCACUCCAAAGAUAUACGCCCGGAUGAAGCUGGGGUGACUAAAGAGGCCAAUGGUGACGUUGAAAUGGCGGAUCAGAUCAAUGCAGGUUCUGAAGAAGAUGGCGAAGCUGUCGAGUCAGAACAAGUUGCGAGUGAUUCGCCGACCGCAAGCGACACAAUUGGCUCUGCUCUGGAGCUUGAUUCAAGCAGCAGGACGCCGAACCAUUCCGAAGCUCCGCCAGAAGAUCGCUGGCAUCCUGUCAUGAAGGAUGUCAUGACCGCCAUUUCGCCUGUUGUGCCUGGGGACGUCGUCGAGGUCAUUGGCACCGGCUUCUAUACCACCUUUUGGCAAUUGUCGCUGUACGACAUCACCAUUCCUGGCAAGUCAUAUGAGGACGAGCUAUCACGCCAGCACAAGAAGAUUGCUGCGAUCUCCGCAGACCGUUCGGAUGUGAGCUUAUCCGGGACAAGAAAGAAAGAAAUGGCAAAGAAAGAGAUCACAGAGCUCAUCGACAAGCUACUAGUGGAGAACAAGCAGCACCUGAAAGCGUUUGCUGAGAGCAAAGCUCGCCUGCAACGCGAAAAGGACCAAUGGUUCCACGGAAAAGCAAGGAUGGACAAGCAGCUUAACACGGCACUCAUGGAACACUGCUUUCUCCCUCGGAUUCUUUUCUCGCCUUUGGAUGCCUAUUUCUGCUUCAAACUUGUCAAAUUCCUUCACGGAGCUGGUACGCCGAAUUUUCGUACACUCGGUUUCUAUGACUUAAUUUUCAGACCAUCUCGACUUGUGUCCCUGAUAUUCAUGUGUACGUCGAAAGAGGCAGACAAUCUUGGCAGAUUUCUCAAUGAGAUUCUCAAGGACCUUUCGCGCUGGCAUGGGUCGAGAACAAUCUACGAGAGGGAGGCAUGGGGUAGCAAGAAAAACCUACCGGGCUUCGCUAUGAAGGUGGAGAGUGGGAAAGUCGUGUCUCUGCUGGAUUUCGAGAGCUUCCGGAGAGUGCUCUAUAAAUGGCAUGGCAACAUAUUCGCAGCGCUCCAGAAGUGUCUCACCUCUCCGGAAUACAUGCAUGUCCGGAAUGCUAUAUCUGUUCUGCGCAUUGUGUCUGCAGUGUAUCCGGCAGUCAAUUGGCACGGGACCGGCCUUCAGAAAGCUGUUGACAAAUUGAACGAAUCCGACAAGGAAGACCUGAAGGUAUCAUCGCAAGCUCUGCUCGGUGCCUUACACAGAAGAGAAAAAGCAUGGAUGAUCCCGCAGGCUUUUCGUCAAGGUCAAGAGAAGGCUGGCGAGCAUGACCAGAAUGGUCCCCCGGCCAAGAUGGAGAUUUCAAAGAACGCAAACUCAACGGAGAACCCGUCAGUGAAGAGCGAGGCCGGAAAUGAGACAAAGGACAUUGUUAUGGCCGAUGUCCCAGCGAAGACGGAAGAUAGGGCAAAUGUGGUCAGAGAGGAGCCUGACAGUUCCGACCGGACUCACAAGUCCCACGCCUCUGUUGAGCCUUCCAAACCAGGCUUCCAAGCCCCGUCCGGCGAAAUUUCGAGACCGUCCCCCUCCAAUGGCGCUGCUACACCGGCGCCUCAAGAAAUUGAACCAAUUGCACCGGCGAAACGGGAUGUGAGGACUCCGCGCGCAGACUCGAGCAGGCCAUAUGGUCAAUCCAGACGGAUAUCACCUCCUCCAUUACCGCGGCCUCUUCCUGCAAGUCUUCCCAGCCGCCCAGAGCCUGCUGACGGACGCAACGGUCACCGAGAAGGCCCUCGUGUAUCAGCCCGACAACCUGGAGAUGCUGGAAGGUUGAUGCCCGAAGCGCGAACCAGCCACAGUCGGGAAGUGAGGGCGGGUUUUCGUGGCCCAGAGCCUCCCUUCGAUGACUACGACAGGCAUUCUCGCAGAUAUGAGCGCCCCGAUGGUCCGUCGCAUGCCGGUAGGGAUGAUCGCGGCUAUGGUCGGGAACCUCAACGAGGUGGCCCCUAUGAUCGUGUACCGAUGCCAGAUCGAGAGCGCCCAGCUGUUCGACCUCCACCCGCCGAACGUGAGAGAGAUGGCAGAGAUGGAACUCCCAGAGGACGAGCCCCACCACCUGGCGAACAGGCUGGCUUUGACGCGGCCGCUCCUCAGAUCAAGGACCCUCCUGCCCACUCGUCACAAGUCGCCAUCAAUCCGGCACGUGCUGCACUGAUCGAGAGCGGUUCAGAGCCACGACAUCUCCCCUCGCCGAAGGGCAACUCUCACGAUAGGCCAUCGAGAUCAUCGCGCCCAGGCUCUCCACGGAGGGAUGAUGACCGGCGGUCAUUUUCCCGACGCGAUAUGGACGAGCGAUCCUACGCAAGUCCGCGGUCAGAUCCGUCAACUGGACGACAAGCCCCUUACACGUCAGCUUCUGCGGAACCUUCUUUAAAUGGCCGGUCCAAUGGACCUGGCGGGUACAAGAGGGAAUCACGGCAAGGGCCGCCAAUUGACAUGCAGCAUGGUCGACUUGAGCAGGAGUCCUCACAGAGACCAACAAGCGCAAUGGGUGGAGAACGCUCUGCGGAGUUGGAUGUACCUUCGGGUCCCCGAAGCAGACCGGGUCCUGGGGCAGGAUCAAAGAUGAGAGCCGCUCCGCUGAAUACACAGCCGUCUCCGUCUUCCUUCCCUGACCGACCCACCCCAACAGGUCCUUCGAGGAGGCACGGACGGACCAGCUCAUACAAUGAAGCACCAUCUACGCCGAGCACUUCAGUUGAUGCCGUGGGUGUCCAUCCGUCACGUGUCAAUCAGAUCGAACCGGCCGGGGGCGACGCGGCCCGAACAACGCAGAGUCAACAGCAGAACCACCCAAGUGGUGCACCGGCCGGACCCAGAGGUAAUGCUCCUCCGGGCGCUCCGUCUGGACCUUCGCCCACGACUAGGGGACCCCCUGGCGGGCCACACGGGGGAGAUAUGGGCGGACCCAGUGGGCGCAACAAUCGUCAUCCUCUCGCAGCCGUCAACAAUACGCUGGCUCAGGCUGGUACAUCGAUUCGAGGAAGAGGAGGCAUGCGACAAAACAGCUCUACAUUUGGGUCACACAUGGCACCCCCUCCCCCACCACCACCACCAGGCGGGCCAAGCUCGAAUGGCUAUCCGACACAACAAGACCUGUUUGCAUCCUCUAAUCCAAACGAUGUACCAGUCGCUACGAGACCAUCCUUAUCCCGACACGAUAGCACUCGAGAUCGCAGGAGCGAACUGGUUGACGAACGGGGAUCGGACAGGAGGUCGUCUCGCCAUUCAAGCCGGCACGAUGAGGCUCGUGGUGACCGCGACUAUAGAGGCGAGAGAGAUGGUCGGGAUGCGAGAGAUGAUAGACACGGGACAACCGACUCUUCCAGGCGGGAUGAGAGAACAAGUCGCCGAGACAAUUACUCCCAAGACAAUGACGACAGAAGGGGAGGAUACGCAAGAUCCGGGCCACCGAGGGAUGAUCAAUUAUCGGCGCGGAAGCACGGCAGAGGAGACGAAGGUCCCCCUUACGGGAGCGGAGGGCCUGGUCAUGGCAACGGCGGACCUAGAGGUGGCUCUAGAGCUGCUAGUGAGAGCAAACGGAUCAGGCGCGGACCGUGA